AUGGAGUUCCUUCGGAACCAGACCAUCCACCGCCGGUCCUUUUCCGGUUUCCGUUCACCUCCCCUGAAUAGCAAAUGGGCACCGCCAACACCUCGCCGCAACACUGUCAGCCUCGACAGAAGGCCUCACCGGCGGAACUCUUCCACAGCUCCCUUCCUCCCAGCUGUCGUCGCUAACGCUGUCACGCGUAAAGCGAAAGAGGAGGGCCUUCUUGAAGCCGCUCGCCAGGCCAGGCUCCUCGGCACAAUGGCCCAGCUCAUCUUCGACAUGCUCAUACAUAGCAACGACCAUGUACCCAACCCUGAUCCCAUCUGCGGCAUCGUUGGUAAAUAUCGAGGCUUCUACUGCAAAAAAUGCAAUAUGACAUGGACUUUCACUCGCUCCUUUGGUGAACACUUCAUUACAGAGCAGCACCUGAACGCAGGUCAACCUGCAGAUGCAAUGGGAUACAAUCAAUUAAUCGAAGCGAUCUGGCAGUCGAAAAGUACUUUUUUUAGACGCAUGGAUCUCUUUAACGAUGAAAGCGAACUUCGAAGGCUGGUCAUGGACUGCGUGGCGGCCUUGAAGCGGAUGAAGGUCAACUGGGAGGCUCUUGGAAGGGAAGAUUUCUGGACAAGGUCCAUAUUCACUAGAUACAUCCUUGCUGUAAGGUUCGGAAACGGUAUCGUGGAAUUGUUCGACCUCGACUGGCCUUUCGGCUUCAGAAUCGAGGAAAAUUGGGGGGAUUCUCGGAGGCCACGCAUGGUCGAGUAUCGUCCGAACAAGUACGAUACACCACUUCCAGGCCAGCGUUUCUUCAGGGCGGCAAACGUAUUCCAAAUUGGGUACUGGUCUGCUUGGCCUGUGCUCAGAUGCACUACUCCUGAUCUGUGGGUUCGCCAGUUGUUCCCACGAACCCAUUAUACUGGUGGUGAAGAGACACCGGUUCCUGUAGAGCAUAGGCGCGGCGAGGUGCGAUGUGGUAUCUGCCUCAUGUCCUUCGACGAGCCGAGCAUCGAAAUUGUUGCAGUCAGACAAUGCAAGCAUAUCUUUUGCGGUCGUUGCCUGGACACUUGGUGUGACAUGGAGCGAGAGGCGAGCAUAACCGUUCCGUGUCCUCUGUGUCGAGGCAUCAUUGGUUGGGCACCGAGCACCCUAGUCCAUGCAUACAAACGCUGCAAAGACACGAGGAAGGUGCCUUCUAAUUACUGGGCGUAUGAAGAGAUCGUGUGGUGGAAAGCGUAUCUGGAAGAGAAACGAGAGCGUCCGCCGAGCGUUCAGGACGUGGAGUUGUUGCAGUCUGCAUGGAGAUUUUGA